AUGCGGCCUGGCAAUACACUUCCGCUGUUCCUUGCGCUGCUUCUACGAGCAUUGUCAGUCCAAACUCCAAACGUAUUCAUGUACGAAGAUUGGUAUUGGCCUGAGCUUGGAUACAACGCGACUGGUUUCGAGGCAUUGGUGGCCAAGAAGGGUGAAGCCGACGUACCUAUGAAGUGGAAUCCGGAAAGCAAGGCCCCUGAAUUCCUGGCAUUCUUGUUCUGGAAUCUUCAGGUCCUCUAUUCCUGUUCUCUCAACCUUGUCCUCCCAAAGGCAGAGACCAUUGCGCUCACAUCAUCACCAGAGUGCGGGGCCACUCCGCGGAUGAUGCAGAUGCCGAAGAACUUCUGCCCAGAGCUGCCCGUGUGCGCAGGAGGCGCUGACAUGACAAGGGAUGCUUGGAAUGCGGCUCAGAACCGGUCUCGCAGAUUGUUUACUCACUUCAGGCGCCGAAUGUCCGUGAAGGAUCAUCUGCUCCGCCACUUCAGAGCUGAUACGCUGACGGUGCAGGGCAGCAUGAGCUUAGUGUACGAUGCUGCCGAUCUUCUCACCACCCUUCCCUCCAUUGCUCUGACAUGCUUCUCUGCUGAUAAGCUUCUGCGCGAUCGAGCAGAGAUUUUCCGGAAGCAGAGCAAAGACUUGAUGGAGCAGAUCUACUAUGCCUUCAUGGUGGAGUACACUACGAGCCCAGAGCCUCGUCAUGUUAUCUUCCACCCCGAUGGGGGACACUGUGGAGGUCGACACAACCGCGCUCAGGUGCUUCGUACCCUUCUUGAUGGGAGUCUCACCAGGAAGUCGUGGACGCCAAGCUCAAGCUGCCUGCGUGCAGUGGAGGUUGGCACGCGAGAAGGGAUGACGGCGAGGCACCUGUUGCAUACUUUGCCCUGCUUGCACUUGCUUAGUGUUGACAAGCAACUUCUGCCAGAGGCCCGUAUCAAUUUGCAGAUAUUUGGGGAUCGGAGCAACCUCUGGGAACUCACAUCAGAAGCAGCAGCCAAACGGCUGCCACCCGAGUCGUUGGAUUUGGUGUUCAUAGAUGCAUUGCACACAUAUGAGGCCGCACACCAAGACAUACUUUCCUGGGCUCCGAAGGUGAUGCAAGGAGGUAUUGUUGCUGGGCACGACUAUAGCCACCACUUUCCUGGCGUGAUACGGGCUGUGAACGAGUUUGUGGCCAGUCUGGGCACAGCGGUGCUACACUUGGGGGUCGACCAUGUCUGGUGGGUCCGCAUUUGA